AUGAAUUCCUAUGACACAGAUCCUCUAUUCGACGCUAUGGCGGCAACUGUAGCGCUCUCUGACAUAGGCCUGAUACGUAAAUCGGCUAUUGACAGCAAUGAGCAACCGCAGGGUGUCAGAUUCAACAGCUGGCGCACGCGAACACUGUGGAGCACAUUCUGGACAAGAUCCGCGAUACACAAGCGGAGUCCAGUACCUCAUCAGUGUUUGUCUCAUAGCCUCAUCCAAGCAGUUUCUGGCUCCUACCAGGUCUCGAACCACGCCUCCGCCGACUGCGACAAGAUCACCGGCUUCCUCGAAGACUCGCAUUUCUAUCUCAGCAGAUUGGAAAUGUGGGAAGGCAACAUUCCACCUAUACCUGAGUUGAAGCUGGCUGUCAUCCAAGCUUUCACGCCUAUCUUGAGUCAUUGUGGGACAUGUACCAGAUAUGUCCAAAUGGAACAAGUUGAUGUAUAUGGUAGCUCCUGCUUUUUCCCAAACUACGUCUGCUAG